GAAAAAGUCGAUUAUGAGGAAAUACAUAAAAUAUAUGACGCUUUUAACCCUCAUUUGGUACACGUGGACGAAACGAACAACCCUCACAAUUUUAAUUACGAUUUUUUUAGCAGCUUGAAAGACAUAAACAAAUGUGUAGUCAUUACAAAUAUUAGCAAUAAGGGUAGUUUAAUUUCGCAGGAUUUUAUUCCCUCUCCUUUUAACCAUUCCGAUGUUGUGUAUACCUAUUUUAACGAAAAUAUGAGGGCACUUAACUGCCAUGUUAUUUUUUACAAAAGGGGGUAUAAGCAGGUGGACACGGAGGGGAAAUUAAUCCAUUAUGAGUAUGAAAAAAAACUGAAAAAUCAUUUCCUCCCCAUUCGAGUAAAUAACACCAUUUUUUCCUUUCAGACGUCUUUCAGAAUGAUGAAAAAUGCCGAAUUUAAGGAGUACGUAAUUCAGUCCAAAGAAAACACGCGUGCACUUUUUUCCCACUUAAAUAAAGAUUUUUUUAACAUACAAUAUGCACAAAAUAGUAACUUCCUAAAUUUAAAUUGCACAAUUUCCCCUUUUAACGUGUACGAAUUUCACGCAUUUUGCAAAGAAUUAAACAUUUUUUUUGACAUCCUCAAUCCAUUUAAGUAUGCCCAGAAAUCUUUUAAUGUUGGAACAAAUUAUUUGACGAGCAUGGGUCUCCUGGAGGGUGACAUGAAGACUGUAGCGGAGUUCCUAAACCGUACUCUUUCUCUAUAUCUUUGUGCAAAGCGGCAGACCAAUUGCGCCAACAACGAAUUCGUGCAAUUUUUAAAACACACUUAUGUGAAGUCUCCAAAUAUGUUGUCCCUUUCAAACGACAUUUUUUGUUUCAUUUCGUCUUUCCCGGACGUUCAAAGUUGA